AUGGUCGGCAAGGUUUACAUCAUUCGCCACGGUCAAGGCGUGCACAACACUUUCCAAAACCCCGAUCCGAGGGACGCACUACUCAGAGAUGCAAAACUCACCAUCAAAGGCCAACAACAGAGCGUUGGGCUAGGCCAGGGCUUCGUGGACCGCAACACAGUCGGUGUCGUUAUGGCCUCGCCACUACGCCGUUCCGUACAUACUGCGCUGCUUGGUUUCUCCUCCGUCCUCAAUAAACGCUACUUCCUAAGCAGUGAAGGCGGUGUGGCGGGCGGUAUCGAUCUGAUUCUCGACCCCAGGCUCCAGGAGAUCGAUGAUGAACUGUAUAAUACUGGAUCUACUGGCGAGCAGUUGCUUGCAGAGUGGCCGAACCUCGACACUGCUUUGCUUGUUGCUCCCUGGCCGGAGAAGAGCGGAGUAUUUGAUCCGAGUGGCGACGCCGUGAAGCAGAGGGCGGCAGAUAUUCGGCAGGAGUUGUGGCAGAGACUGAAUGAACUUACUACGCAGCCCGUGAGAAGGGAUAUUGUGUUGGUAAGCCAUGGGGGAUUCAUACAAGAAUUGACGGAGGAUAACAGUUUGAUGAUCGACAAUGGGAGAUUCAAGGUCUUUUCGAUGCGAAUGACGGCGGGAGUUCCGAAGUUGAUCAAAUUAUGA